CACGUGCAACGUCACGAUAGGAACACAGUUGGAACGUCAGCUUCCAAAGAAAACAUAUACGUUUCUGCGUGAAAUGUGCUUGAUUUCACGUUUAAUUGAGCGGUUUUUACUUAAACAGGGUACAAUGCAGAUGCUUUGAAUGCAUAUCGAGACGUACAGUAGUAGUUGGUCAUUUUUUAAACUUUUGAGUUACGAAUUUGCAGCGGAGCUAGUGAGCUAACGUUAGUUUGCUAGACAUGGAUCCGCUAGACAUAGUAAUGGACGAAGUGGCGUUGGAGGGACUGGACGGGGUUACUAUCCUCUCUCUGUGGAUUCGGUUGGAAAAGAGGAACCCUCCUUUCCCACGGAAUCUAGACCCGUGUACUAAAGAGUUCAUUUGGAAAUCCUUGGUCUCGAACCACGAAGUCGACUUCUACGAGCUGCCGCAAGAGAGAGCGGACGUCGUGCUCGUCGACCGAUUUGCAGACAUAGAUCCAGACACAGGGAUUCAGGAAGCAUCCCAUUGGGACAGAGUGGACUCCUACCCUGUCCAGAUCUUAUUGGAGGAUAAGAGUGGAAUCCAGGGCUCGUGUGUCUUCUUCAAGGAGAGGAGAAACGUCACCCCAAUCAUCCGCACCACCAACCUGACGCCAUGUGUAACGUUAGAGGACGCCUUCAAAAGGUGGGGGAGGAAGCUGGUAAUGGUGGCCUCCCAGAGGUUAAGGUUCAGGGUGUUAAUAGGUGACGGAGGAGACCCGGACUUGAAGCUGACUGACCACUCAUACUGUAUCCUGGAGAGGGUGGGGAGGGCCCGCUGGCAGGGAGAGCUACAGAGAGACCUGCACUCCUGCUCAUUCAAGACGGACGCGAGGAAGAUGCACUACUUGAGGAAGUCUCUGACACAGAAUGAUCUGAUCACCAUGCAGUCUCAUGUCCUCAGACUGGCCAGCGGAGCACAGCAACACUCCAUACUGCUCCUGCUCAAACGCUUCCAUGUAGACCGGCGUAGUAAGUAUGAUAUCCUGAUGGAGUUGACCUCUAACCUCCUGUCAGAGGCGCCCAACCACACAGCCUCCAUGAUCACACUACGAGACCAACUGAGUAUCAGUGAGAGGACCUUCAAGCGUAUGUAUCAGUACAUGCAAGCAGCCAAACUGGUCCAAGUGGUCAUUAAACCAGUUGAACACCUCAACCCUACAGUAGGCCCCUGUGAUACCAGGAGAGGCACCAAGGUGGUGGCUCGCUGUCUGAAGCUAAUCAAACCCUACGUGAGGAAGGAGGUGGUCGAGGCUGAGGAUGACGAUGAUAACGACGAUGAUGAUGGGGGAGGAGCAAAUAGGAAGACCGUCCCCACAGAGGGGCGGAUCAUGGAGAGAGACUUCCUCUCACAGGCCUAUGGGAUCAUUGUGUCCUGCGGGACCAAGGGCAUCUCUCAGAGUGCGUUGCGUGCGAGGAUGUGCAUCGGCAAGCUGGAGUCUCGUAUGAUCUGCCGACUGCUGGAGAGGACAGACAUGAUCAAGGGUUUCAUGGAAGACGAGGGUCGUCAGAGGACCACUAAGUACCUCGGCCAUCUGCACGUCGACGAGUCUGAUCUGCUUCGACAUCUCGUGAAGAGCAGGAGCGAUCAGACCGGCUUCGCACUGUAGGGGGGAGGGGAAGGAGAGGGGGCCCCCCAAACCCCAGCACAGGCCACCCUAAAAACACCAGCUACCACAAAGACUCGGCCUACACCAAAAACAACAUCGCUUCUGGAACCUCUGGGAAACACUGAGGGAGAGGAGGAGAGAGAGAGGGAUGAGGAAGACGAAGACUGGGAAGUCGAGAAGAAAGGGAAGAAGAAGGGAGCGAAGAAGAAAAAUGCAAAAAAAAAGAAAAUGGGCAAGAUGUCUCUCCUGAAGCAGUCCAAACUCCACUUCCUGGUAGCUCAUCACUCUGCACCCAUCACGAGUGGAGCCAAUCAGGAGCCAGAGCUGGAAUCUUGGCUCAGCCCAGUUGAGGAGGAGGAGUCAAAAUUCGGUCCUGACGUUUCAUUGGACCAGACGGGGAGUAUGUUCGCAGGCAACAGCCAAGCGGAGGACAGCGUCACGGUCAUCGAGGACAUCCCCAGUCAGAAGGAGCACCACCGCCAGACGUACCGCCUGCUGAAGAGGAAGAACGUGAUUGUGGAAGCUGUUCAGAGCCUCAAGAUCAUAGAGGGCCUCUUCACAAUCCAGAGGUUGGUUCAGGAUGAGGAGAAGGUAGAUGGUGUGAACACUAAGUGUUGUAAGAAGUCUAUCCUUCGUCUCAUCAGAUCUCUGUCUAAAGAGGGAAUGCUCAAACUGUUCAGAACCACUGUUAUACAGGACGGAGUCAGCAAGAAGGUGGAGUUUAUAGUCCACCCCUCUGUCUCUCCUAGUGAUGCUUUAGUGAAGUCGGCUAUAGAACAGGUCCGCUUCCGCAUCUCCAGCUCCUACCCUGCUGCACGUAAUGAAAUGCAGGAAGAGGAGAAGGCGAAGGAGAGAGAGAGGAGCAGUGUGGGAAAUGAGGUCCCUGCUGAACCCCAGAAUAUGAGAACAGAGGACAAGAUGGGAGACCAAGACAAACAACUGAGGAACUUCAAACCUUCUAUAGUCCCAGGUCUCAGCAGGUCUUUGGGGUACCAGCCUAAGAUGCCUCGUCUGAGACUGACACACACCUUCUUGUGGUAUCUGGUCUACGGACACCCCCUGAGACACCCCUCUACCCCCACUCCCCCUGACCUCCACAACACCUCCAGCUCUAUCGUCCUCCCCACUGAUAACCCCACCACCCCCAGUAACCCCUCACAACCCCAAACUACACACCCUGACGACACCCAUCCUUCUAGCUCUGAACACACAGACCUCCCCACCUCAACCCCCAAAACACAGACUCCCCAAUCCCCAGAACUCAGACCUCUCCACCUCAACCCCCGAAACACAGACUCCCCCAAUCCCCAGAACUCAGACCUCUCCACCUCAACCCCCAAAACACAGACUCCCCCAAUCCCCAGAACUCAGACCUCCCCACCUCAACCCCCAAAACACAGACUCCCCAAUCCCCAGAACUCAGACCUCCCCACCUCAACCCCCCCCCAAACACAGACUCCCCCAAUCCCCAGAACUCAGACUUCCCCACCUCAACCCCCCAAAACACAGACUCCCCCAAUCCCCAGAACUCAGACCUCCCCACCUCAACCCCCCGAAACACAGACUCCCCCAAUCCCCAGAACUCAGACCUCUCCACCUCAACCCCCCGAAACACAGACUCCCCCAAUCCCCAGAACUCUGACCUCCCUGACACCCAGAGCCCACCCACUGACAACGCUGCAGUACAUUUCCUGUUUUGUCUAUGUAGAUGAGGUGUCUUGGAGGAGGUUCAUACCCCCGGCUCCGGUCCACAGAGAGUUUGGUCCAGGCUGGGCCCUGACCUCUGAUGUUGUUCUCUGUCUGCCUCUCUCCAUCUACAUUCAGAUUAUACAGAUAUCCUUCAAGGUGGAUGGUUUGGAGGAGUAUCUGAACGACCCAGUGAAGCAGCACUACCUCAUCAGGUUCCUGCCUUCUAGGAUGAAGACCCAACUACUGCACAAACGGAAGUACAUCUUUAGUUUCCAUGACAGCAUGCAGCGUCUGAUUUUCAUGGGUCUGCUGCAGUUUGGCCCGGUGGAGAAGUUCCAAGACAAAGACCAGGUGUACCUGUUUGUGAAGCGUAACUGUAUGAUUGUAGACACUACUAUGUGUGAGCCCCACUAUAACCUGGUGUUGGAGACGAGGGUGUUUGAGAGACGCAGAUACACCCUGAACACCCUGACAGACGUAGAUAACUACUGGUUUGACCUGAUGUGUGUCUGCCUCAACACACCACUUGGCGUGAUCAGGAAGGAGCGUCUUUCUGUCUCCAAAUCCCAGGAGGGGCCAGUUGGGGUUCCCGUGGAUACAGACCGCCACAAGUUCCGUCACCUGGAUCACAUGCUCAAGGGCAGCAGGGAGGUGUGUUACACAGCAGUAAUACCAGGGGACGGUAAAGGAGCAGGAGGUCUGGACUCUGAGUUCUUCGGACACCUCAAACGCAAUUGGAUUUGGACCUGUCAUCUGAUGAGAACCAAGAGGAGCAACAACCAGUACGAGUCCAGUAACACCGUGAGACUGAAUAGUCUACUGACCAAACAUGUGACCAUGGAUAGAGGCCCCAAGUUCCCCGGGCCCCAGUCCUCUAAGCAGGGGGUCCCAGCAGGGUUGAGGUUGGAGGAGGUCCACAUCUCCACUGAGCCGUCCAGUAGGAACCGGCUGGUUAAAGGAGGGAAGAAGCAGAAGAGGAAGAGAACCAUUAAACUGAAAAAACAGGCCAAAUCACCACAGAAGAAGAAGAAAGUCGAGGUUAGAAAGCGGCCCCCAGUCCAUGAUGCAGCAGACCACAAAGCUCUGAUGAUGAUGACCAGACAGAGAGUAACAUGGAGCGUCAGCGAGGACUCUGUACUCAUCCUCUGUAGAGUCGCUUCUCACUUCCUGAACCGCAAGCUCCGCAGGCCCUUCGUCCCGUGGUGUGUAGUGAGGGAUCUGCUCCACGCAGAGUUUGAAGAGUCUCUGGAUAAAACCUCUCCGUCUGUUGGACGACGAUCACGUUACAUACUGAAGAACCCACAGACAUACCUCAACUACAAGAUCUGUCUGGCGGAGGUGUACCAGGACAAGCCUCUGAUAGCGAAACUACAGGGAAGGAAACACGACCCCAACGACCCCAAGGAAUGUUCCACAGUGUUCCGGGAGUUUGUGUCGUUACUCAGACAGAAAUUCAGCUCCGCCUCCGGGUCAUGUGAUGUCACCAUCCCUGACACCAAGACACAGCUGUUCUCACGGUUUAAGGUGUACACCCUGGAGGACAUGUCAGAUGAGAACACCAAGGACUCUCUCAACAGUAUUGAGGACAUCCACUCCCUGGUGUUGAAUAAUCUGAUCCAGAGUACGUUGGCCAUGUCCAACUCUCAGAUGAAAUGCUGCCGAUCCUUCCAGACCUUCCAUACCUACAGUAGGUACCGUCAGGAGGUUCUGUGUCAGGUGUUUGUCCAGUGCAGGAAGAAGGGAUUGGUCAACAGACGAAGGAUCAGUCAACUGUGUGGCCCCAAUAAGAACCGUGCCCUACCCAUCCUGCCCAUGUCUUACCAACUGUCUCAGAGUUACUACAGGUUAGUAACACUACUACCGGGUAAUAACACUACUACAGGUUAGUAACACUACUACAGG